AUGAACUCGAGGGCCAAUACUCAGCUUGAUCUAUCCGCAUCUUCCUUUCCCAGCCUCAACAACAGCAGCCUGCAAUCACAGGGUCACAGUGUGGGGUCCAGUGCCUGGCAGACUGGGCCACCUCAGAACGAACAGGCGCAAAGACAGCAAAUGCAAGCCUCGCGAACUCACAUUUCUUCUCGACAGCAACCGGUGAAUGCCAGUCGAGACGGCUUCUACCCUACUGAUACCUACUCAAGGAAUGCUCCAAUGGAGUUCUCGGAUUCUUCCCAGCCCGUACGACGAACAAGUCAAGCCCCAAGUGGACCUCCUGGAUUUACGCAGCGACAACCAACUCAACCGGGGGACAGCACGCCUGGUGACCCCAGCAGAGUUACUUCGCCGUCCGGGCAGACACAAAUUUCUCGGUCACCCAUAUCCCAGAGUAUCAACGCGGCCAUAGGCCAUGAGAGAUUCUUAGGACAAGAUGCACGGACGCAAUUACAGGAUUCACCGUCCCAGUCGUUAGGAUUGCAACCGCGGGAUAUGUUCGCAGAUCGGGAAAUUGGUACUAGAGCCGACCACGAGUCCAUCUUCGCGGGAAUGAGUGAAAAAGACAAGUUCGGGAUGAAAGGUUACGUUGCAGAACAGGACAAUGCCAGUCCAGCAGCAAGAAGUUUGAUGCGGGGAGUGGACCUGUCAACGCUCGGCAUCAACAUGGGCUCGCAGGAACCCUUGCUAUCGUCUUAUCCAGGACCGUGGGCCGAACCCAAUGCGACACCGUUGCGGCCAUUGGAUUCGGAGUACACCAUUCCCGACUGCUACACGGUUAAGAAAAUAGCACCACUGUCAACUCGGAUUACUGGCUUUGUGGACGAAACGCUAUUCUUCAUCUUCUACACCAUGCCUCGGGAUUACAUACAAAUGCUGGUGGCUCAAGAGUUAGUCGCGCGCAAGUGGCGGUACCACAUGCGGGAGAAGCAAUGGCUCACCAGGGACGACGCGUCACCUAGUCCAGUAUUACUGGACGACAAAGUGAGCGAGCAAGGCUACUACAUCUGGUGGGACACCAAACUCUGGAAGAAGGUCCGACGCAUUUACACGUUGAGAUAUGAGGACCUAGAAGAACAACCGAGCAUGGGCAACCGGCCAAUCCAUGCAGGCGUCAUGGGCGCCAUAUCAGGGAACAUCAACGGAGGAAUGGGUGUUGGCAAUUUCAAUGCCGUGCCUAGCCUGGAGAGAAUGGCCGCCACUGGGCGAGGAUUCUAA